UUUGUGUCUUGAUUUGAUUCCUCCUCUCUACCUAGCUUUCUCUCUCUAGACCAAACCAAACCCUAAAUAAACCCCACCAUACGGCCUUGCCACCUCAAUUGCAUGCCCCUUUGUUCAUUUCACCACCCCUUGUUCUUCUCUUCACCUCUAAAAACCAAAGCAACUUCAAAACCAACCACUAGCCAAGAAAUCGAAACGGAAAGCAUACAAGGACACUGCCUUUAAAGAAAGAGAGCAGAAAGCAAAUCCAACCCAUCUUCUUCAUUUUCCCAUGGCUGUAGAAGCCCGGCAUCUCAGUCUCUUCCCUCCUCAACUCCUAGGCAACAGGGAAAUAAUGAAUCAUGUUGAAGCAAAUUCUAAUAUCUACAAUACUCAGAUGGGAUAUGGGAUUCCAUUAUCAGGAACUACAACAACUACGGAGACACAGCUUCCCAUGUACAGUUCUGUAAUCACCGAUUCAAUCCCUCAAAAAACACCAAUCAAAUCAGAAAGCGGCCUCACCUACAAUCUGCCUAUGCCAAGAAAGCGCCCAAGAGAAUCUAUCAGCCCUCUCCUCUCAUACCCGACUCCCCAGCCCAACAAGACUGCUUCUCCCUUCUCCUUUCUUGGCCAAGACUUCUCCCUCCAGAUUGAGCAACAGCAACUAGACAUCGACCGUCUUAUUUCCCAACAUAUGGAGAAAGUGAGGAUGGAGUUAGAAGAUAAGAGAAAGAGGCAAGCGAGGAGGAUAAUAGAGGCAAUAGAAGAAGGGAUGCUCAAGAGGCUAAGAGCCAAGGAAGAAGAAAUCGAGAAGAUGGGUAAAUUGAAUUGGGCACUGGAAGAGAGGGUCAAGUCCUUGUGCAUAGAGAACCAAAUAUGGCGAGACCUUGCCCAAACCAACGAGGCAACAGCCAAUGCUCUAAGGACCAACCUAGAACAAGUCCUCGCGGCGCAGGUUGACGAGCGCACCCGAGGCGCAGGAUUAGACGAAACGGCAGCAGAAAUGGACGAUGCCCAAUCGUGCUGUGGCAGCAGUGGUGAGGGGGAAAGGUCAUCGGAGCGGUGUAUGCUGGCAAGUGGGGUGCAGAAUAAGGACACAACUAGGCUGUGCAGGAACUGUAGGAAGGAGGAAUCGUGUGUGUUGCUAUUGCCGUGCAGGCAUCUGUGCCUUUGCACUGUUUGCGGGUCUAUUCUCAAUGCUUGCCCUAUCUGUAAAGCCACCAAGAAUGCCAGUUUCCAUGUUAACAUGUCAUGAGUUACCAAAACACCAGAGAAACAAAAAUCCAAAAAAACAUUUUCAAGAAAACGAAAAAAAAUGUUAAUUUUACAGCCAUCUUGGUUUAGUUAGAAUGAUGAUUCUUUUAUUGCA